AUGGAGAAGUCCGAAGAGGAGUCUUCAGCGGUUGCUGGCAAGGGUUUAGCAUGCCAAAGCUGUCGGAAAAGGCGGAGGAAAUGUAAUCUUGAAUCGCCCUGCUCUAAUUGCCAAAAAUAUGGUGUGGAAUGCGUACCAAUCAACCAGGACCUAAGAAGAAGACGUCACUCUGCUGCUUAUCUGAGGUCUCUGGAAAACAAAAUUAGCCAGCUGGAGGCACUGGUCGCAGAUCUGAAAUCAAAGAAGAAUCAAAAGAAAACAAGUACACCAAAUGCGCCCGCACCCGGGGCGCAGAUAGGUGGAAGCAUCUAUCCGACCAAUUCGUUAACGUUGUCGUAUCACCGAUCAAUAAAAGCCCCUGAAGGCAGUGCCGAGACCCCAAGAUCUCGCUUGAAGAACUUAUCGAGGAGUUUACAUAUCCUGGAAGCAUUUUCCCUGUUCUUCAAGUGGCUUUACCCCGGCCAUUACACAUUUAUACACCGAGAGACAUUUUUGAGUGCCUUUUUUGGCGAGCCUUCCACAAAGGCUUAUUACUGCUCCGAAGAACUAGUGUACGCAAUAGCUGCAUUGGGGUCAACACUCUCUAGUAAAAAUCAGGAACUCUAUCAUCAAUCGAGCCAAUAUUACAACUUGGCUAAAAGAGCUGUUCUUCAAAAAAUAUUCCAGCUUGACGACAGCUCGCUGGUUGGAUCGACUUCAUCUUCAAAGCUUGCCAUUGUCCAAACAUUGCUUUGCCUGGCUUUCUAUGAUAUUGGGCACGGUGAAAAUCCUCUAGCGUGGUAUUCAUCCGGCUUGGCUUUCAGAAUCGCACACGAGAUUGGUUUGCAUUUAAAUCCCGAGUCAUGGAGCAAUGUUUACGAGGACGAACUUUCAAGCCUCGAUAUCGAAGUGCGUAGUCGUAUUUACUGGGGUUGCUACAUAGCAGAUCACCUCAUUUGCGUUUUAUUUGGUCGCUCAACUUCUCUGCGACUUUCAAACUCCACUGUCCCAGAAACCGAUGAGCUCCCAGACAUUGAGACUGGAAUUGAAGACUACUUAUAUGAUCCUCAUGCUACCCUUUCCAUGGCGAAACCCUUGAAGGAACUGAUCGUUUUGUCAAGAAUCACUGAACUAUUUGCUAGUAAAAUAUUCAUUCAGACUGAAUCUUUAGCCCAAAGAAGUGAACAUUUAGAGAGAUUCAACUCGGAAAUAAACCAGUGGCGACUUAAUCUGCCUGAUGAGCUUAAGUGGACAAAGGUGUUCCUUGAGAAUAAUGAAGACUUCAACCCCACGGUCGCUUAUCUUUGGUACCACUACUAUAUUAUCCUUCUAUCUUACAACAAGCCCUUUAUUGAAGAGCUUAAACAAAGCCAGACCAUGAUCGAAGAAACCAUAGAAGAGCUUCACCUUUUGCUUAUGAGCUUCAAGUCUAAAUGCGGGACAUUUGAGAAGUGCAGCAUCUACAUGGUCUAUACUGCCAUUCUAGCAAUACAAUGCUCGAAAGCAAACAAUUCAAACAAUCGAUAUCUACUAGAAUUGAAAGAGUUUCUACUUUCCCCAAGUUUAAACUACGAGCUAGGCCGAAAAUUCAUGGACAACGAAGCGGGAAACGACGCCAAUGAUUUAUUCGGAGCGUUAUCAAAUGGUGAUGACUUUGCUUUGGAGUACAACUUUGAUUUUACUCUAUUAAAAGAGAUAGAUACCCUUAUUGGCGGAAUUUGA